CCGAUGCAGAACCCACGCGCGAGAUCCGCCCAUUAAACCCACUUCCCCCCCUCUCUCUCCUCUCCUCCUCUCUCCCCCAUUCACCAGCCGCCGCUCCCCCCACGCGCCGGGCAGCGGACCCACGAGCGGAGAAUCACCCGAGAUGGCGAUGGCUCUGCGCCGCCUCGCGGGCUUGCCCGGCUCCCCGUCGGCCGCCGCGGCAGCGCUGCUCUUCCGCCCGGCGCUGACCCGCCCGAUCUCCACCGGCUUCCGCGAGGAGCGCGACACCUUCGGCCCCAUCCAGGUCCCCAACGACAAGCUGUGGGGUGCGCAGACGCAGAGGUCGCUGCAGAACUUCGACAUUGGCGGCGAGCGCGAGCGGAUGCCCGUGCCCAUCAUCCGCGCCUUUGGUGUCCUCAAAAAGUGCGCUGCUAAGGUGAAUAUGGAGUAUGGCCUUGAUCCAACAAUAGGCAAGGCAAUAAUGCAGGCAGCUGAGGAGGUCGCUGAGGGAAAGCUGGAUGAUCACUUCCCACUUGUUAUCUGGCAAACUGGUAGUGGCACACAAAGCAACAUGAAUGCCAAUGAGGUAAUUGCAAAUAGGGCAGCUGAGAUUCUUGGACACAAGCGUGGUGAGAAGUUUGUGCACCCUAAUGACCACGUGAAUAGGUCACAAUCCUCCAAUGAUACAUUUCCCACUGUUAUGCAUAUAGCAGCUGCUGUCGAGAUCAAUUCAAAAUUUAUCCCAAGUUUGCAACAGUUGCAUGAUUCACUUCACUCAAAGUCUGUUGAGUUUAAUGACAUAAUCAAAAUCGGACGUACACAUACCCAAGAUGCCACCCCGUUAACUCUUGGCCAGGAGUUCAGUGGUUACACAACACAGGUCAAAUAUGGAAUUGACCGAAUUAAUUGUACAUUACCUCGGAUGUACCAGCUUGCUCAAGGUGGAACUGCAGUUGGAACUGGGUUGAACACUAAGAAAGGAUUUGAUGUCAAAAUUGCCGCUGCAGUGGCUGAGGAAACAAGUCUACCCUUUGUGACAGCAGAGAACAAGUUCGAAGCUUUGGCAGCACAUGAUGCUUUUGUUGAGAGCAGUGGUGCCGUAAACACGAUAUCCGCGUCCCUUAUGAAAAUAGCAAACGACAUACGCUUGCUGGGAAGUGGCCCUCGCUGUGGACUUGGUGAACUAAUCCUGCCAGAAAAUGAGCCUGGGAGUAGCAUUAUGCCUGGAAAAGUUAAUCCAACACAGUGUGAGGCUCUGACCAUGGUUUGCGCUCAGGUUAUGGGUAAUCAUGUUGGUGUUACAGUUGGUGGUGCGAAUGGGCAUUUUGAACUGAAUGUUUUCAAGCCAAUGAUUGCAGCCGGGUUACUUCGUUCAUUGAGAUUGUUGGGGGAUGCUUCUGUGUCCUUUGAGAAAAAUUGUGUCAGGGGAAUUCAAGCAAACCAUAAGAGAAUUUCACAGCUUUUGCAUGAGUCUCUGAUGUUGGUGACAUCUUUGAACCCUAAAAUUGGCUAUGACAAUGCUGCAGCUGUAGCUAAGAAAGCUCACAAAGAAGGAACCACAUUAAAGAAAGCUGCACUAGACCUUGGUGUCUUAACGGAAGACGAAUUCCAUGAGCUUGUCGUUCCAGAGAAAAUGAUUGGCCCUUCUGAUUGAUAACCCCAUGCUAGCUAUGUUUCUUGAAGCAUUCAGGCGGCCACAUCUGAGUUUUAUUGGUUGCCUGUGAUGUCAGAAUUCAUGAUCCUGGCCCAUCCGUAAAUAAAGCAAAUCAAUUUCAUAUCAUCAUUAGCUCCUCACCCCAUUGGAGACAUGAUUUUGUACGGCCCAUGGUGCCUGAGAAAAUAACAUUCAUUCCUGUUGAAAUAGGGAGCAGUGUACUUUGGUUAACCGGAAGAGAUGCCUUUUUUUUUUUCCCUCUUGGAUAUCAUUAUGCACAAGUUUUUCCCCCAUAUGGCGAGUGUUAUGUAAUAAAUGAUAUGGCAACCCUGUCUCUGGAAAUAAUUAUCAUGCAUCUUAAGUGAAAGAAGCAAAAUACAUACAUUUUGGUUUUCUC